CUUAGAUGUGUACGAGACUCGCUGGGCAGGAGAUGGGUUGUUGUUUCCAUUCCCAGAGGCUGCCGGCCCCUUCAAGUGUCCUGGAAACCAGGGCCACCCCAGUGGACGCGGUCCCCUUCCCAGGCAGCUGCUGGGGCACCAGGAGCAGGGACCCUGGUUGUCUUCUUGGGGCGGGGAUUUCCUGCUGAAGGUAGUAGCUACUGCCCUUUAGAUAACCCCAUCCUUUGCUCCCCCAGCCCAGGCUGGGCCCCCUGGCCCUGUGUGUCCGCUCUGCCUCUCUGGGCAGGUCUUUCCUUCCUCUGCCCUCAGUACCUGGGGGAUAUGAGGAGUGGAUGGUCAGCUGACUGCCUCACCUCCCAGGCCAACUCCCUGUUCCCCAGCCUCUCCUCUGACACUCCCAAACUAUGGGCUGCUGCCUGCCAAGCAUCUGAGCAGACGGCUCUCAGCGCCUUUUUCCAGGAGACCAGCAUCCCCUACAGCCACCACCACCACCAGAUGAUGUGCACUCCCGCCAACACCCCUGCCACGCCCCCCAACUUCCCCGACGCCCUCACCAUGUUCUCACGUCUCAAGGCCUCAGAGAGCUUCCACGGUGGGGGUAGCGGCAGCCCCAUGGCCACGGGGGCCACGUCGCCCCCGCCACACUUCCCCCACACCGCAGCAGCUGGAAACGGGGUACCCAGCUGGCCAACGGCAGCCUCGCCCCCAGGGGGCCCCCAGCCUCAGCAACCACCCUUGUGGACUCAGACUCCCCCGUCCCCAGCUUCAGACUGGCCACCCCUGGCCCCCCAGCAGGCUGCCUCGGAACCCAGGGCCCACCCUGCCAUGGAGGCAGAGAGAUAAGGGAGGCCCCUCCCCCUCCCAGAGGCCCAGCCCCCUGGGGGGGGAGAGGAUGUCUCUGCAGGUCCCCUUCAUCAUCCCUGUACCCGUCAUCCCUGGAGCCCUGGACAGGAGAGGCUGGCCCAGCACACUGCCCCCGGGCCCCCAGGCAGCCCUGCGAAGCCAUCGGGUGUCUGAAGAACUCUGAGCCAGCAGCCUUCCUGCUGGGACUCCCUGCCCUGCCCCGGCAGUGAGAGCAGCCUGGGGCCCCCGGAACUCAGCUCACUAGCUCUGGACUACAGAGCCAGGCGGCAUGUGCAAGUGUGGCUGUGUCUCUAUUUAUACGUCUAGCGCUUUUCCAGAAGCACCCUGCUCAUGGGCCACCGGACUGCAUGCUCGAGUGCGCCCCGCCUGCUGCCCUUCCCCAGGCUCCCGGCACUGCUGUUCCUUGCAGAGGAGGGCUGUGGGAACCUCCAGGACUCUCCCACCUACCCCUAGGCUCUUGCCUGCUGGGGCUGCUUGCAUGCCUCCCCAGAGCCCAGGGGCCCCCAGUCCCUCCCCCUUUCCCUUUUUAACAAAGGAGAAGAGAGAAUUGCAAACCACCCUCGCUCAGGUCUGUGGUCUUGCCAUGCCGCCUGGCACCGCUGCCCCUGGUCCUCUGCACUGGUCCUGCCCUCUGAGUCCACAGCUUGGCCCAGACUCAUCUUCCCCCCAGGGCUCUUCCCAUAGAGCUGGUUGCUGGCACAUGUGCCCAGAUCCUUCCAUCUGCCUGGUCAGCCUGUGGACACAGCCCAGCCCUGGCUACCAGCACCCAAGUGUCAAAUAAGGACCAUCCUUGUUUUCAGGCCCUGGGGGUAUUGCUGUGGGUCUCCCCCCCCAGCCCAGCUUCUGCAGAUGUGGCCAGAGGGGCAGUAGGGACCAGUUGGAGGUGCAGAAUCUAGCUCGAGACCUACAACCCAGAGGACAGUAGAAUUCAAGGCCCAGGCUGCUCCUGUGGGUGAACCUGGGCUCAGCCCCUCCCUACCCAUGUUUGGGGGGCAGCCAGGGGCCACCCUACCCUGACUCACUUUUCCCGAGAGUCUGGGCUCGCCAGGGACUCAGGCUGCAGUUUGUCCCUCCGUCACUAGGAGGUCCUCUUGGUGCUCGAUCUUGGCAGCCUUGUCCCCAGCCCCGUCCCUGCUCACAUGAGACCUGGGCAGUCUGGGAAACCUACUGAAGCUGUUGUCCUCCAGCUGGUGCUGGUGUCCCAGGACCCACACUGACUUUGAACCUGCUUCUGUGACAACCUUGCAUCCCAGUCACCCUUCUAGGGGGUGGCGGGGUGUGUGUGUGUGCAAGAACAAGAAAGGAGGGGCAGACUUCUUGGCCACCCUUUUGUUAACCACCUCGUGUUUUUGAGUGGAAGAGAUUCCCUGGGAACAUUGCAUGGGGGUGGGGUCAGGGGGAAUUCGUGUCUGGCUGUCCUGGCUCUCCCUGAGAAUGGUGGCAGUAAGGAACCUGCAGCCAUUGCAGGGGUCAAAGCUCUGAGGCCCCACCUAGAGCAGAGCUACUGAGUCAGGACCACCUCCUAGCAUGGUGCCCCAGGGUAUGGAUGGUUUAAGGGUUGAGACACCCCACAUCCCAUCUGAGAGCUGCCCCCUCCCUGGUGCUAGUUCUGGGGUCAGUGGGAUCAGGAGGGUUGGUGGGGGGUUUACAUGAAGGCUGGGAACCUCAGGUCCCCCAGCUUGGGCACUGCACACUUGGCUCUAGCUCAUUUUUGGUGGGGCUUUGUGUACAUGGCGGGGUGUUGAGCUGUGUCCUUAGCUGCUGGCCCAGGGCAGUGGUGCUGGUUGUGAGCAUACCACACUUGCUGUACAAGUUUAGAGGGUGAGCUUUAUAGCAUGUGACACCACAAUAAAGCUUGUGAAAAACA